AUGAGAGCUGAGAGUGCGGGCAAGCUGGCCGUGGGCAACGUGGUCUUUGUGGGCUGCAAGCAGCAGAAGUUGACCAAGGAGCACGCGACCUUGUACGAGGUGAGGCUGGAUCCCGAUGGUCCGCUGGAAAUGCUCCAACUUCCGAGUUUCGGCCUGGUGACCUUCGGUUCGCUCGCUGCUCGGUCCAGUGCCCCCAGCGCCAUGGUGAACAUGGGCAGCGUAGCCGGGUUGGAGCCGGCGGAUGCAGAGAUGCCUGGCAGCGAAGCUGAGGGCUAG